GCCAGGUUGGAAGAAAAGGAGGCGGAGUUGCGAAAGGAAGUGACCAACGCGCAGGGGCGCUACAACGACCUGCUGCGUACGCAUGUUGCUCACAUUGAGCGCUGUCGUCGUGUGCAACGAGACCAACCCGCGCUUAUGUCAGGCAGCAAGAGCCAAACUGUCACCGAUAUGACCGAUGUUGCUCUCAGUCUGAGUCCCACGGAAUGCUGCAGUCCGCCAAAAGAAUACGUUCCACCGGUUGCCAGGGUAGGUUCUGACGAUAUUUUGCCUCCAGAAUGA